AUGGGAGCAUCGUCUUUAAAUUACUAAAUUGACUCAGUUAAUGGAAGCCAUACAAUAUCUGAUUAUUAAACAAUAACCAAUUAAUCUCUUCAUUCUUAGUAGCCAGAUCCGUUACUCCCAGAUCUUAACAGACAUAGCAGGUUAAUAAGUAUCAUAAAUGAUGAAAAUUCUUUCACUGAUAGGAACCAAAGUAGCAUGAAAAAAAGCAAGCAGAAUUAUAAAAAUUCAAGCACAUCUAAGCACAAUAAAAAUAAAUCAAUACCCUUUAUAAAAUAGCACUUUAUUCAAGCAAGACUUCAGGAUUAAUAAAAAUCUCCACCCACAAAUAAAUAAUACUUACAAGGUAAACUACAACACUUCAUUAGAAAAUAAUAUGUUUUCUGCACCUUUCGUUAAAAAUAAGAGGAUUAAUUAGACAUUAAAUCCUCACUUAAAAAACAAUCAUCAAUAUAAAAAGAGAGAAUGGCUCUCUCUAUUGAAAGGAUGAAGGAUAAAGCUGAAUAAAUAAGACAUAAAAGUGAAGUUGAACAUAAAAAGUAAUUGAUUAUGAAUAAAUACUACAAUCAACAUGGAAUCUAGUUAACUUAAAAGCAAAUGGAAAAUAAAUAUAAAAACAUCGAUGAUCUGCAUCUGGAGAUAAUAUUGGAGAGGAAAUUAAGGCUCAAAAAGCAAAAUGAUGCUGCUAUCAUUAUUUAAAAGAAUUUUAAGUCUAGAAUAGCUAGAAAAGCUUAUCUAUAUGCACUAAAUGUUCGGUUAAAUGCAACAUUAAUAGUAUAGAGAUUCUGGCUUAGUUACAGAAGAAGGAACAUUUUGCCUAAACUGAUUAUCAGGAUUAAGAAUAAAUCUGUUUUAUUAAUGUAGAGUUACUGCAGGGGUUACUUAGCCUAUAAGUAAGUCCAAAAAAUGUUAAUAGGUGCUAAAUUUUCAGAAUGCUUUAACUACUUUUAAGAAAUCAAAAGAAAACUAUUCAUCGACUCAUAGAUAAAAAUAGCAUAUGCCUGGAGAAAGUAUACUCGUAACAAGUUGAAGAAAUUAGAGUUGAAAAAGAAAAAGGAAGUUGAGGAUGCAUCAAAAAAGAAGAAAAAGAAAAACAUCUAUACAUAAUAGUCCAUAGUAAAAGAAAAAUCACCAACUUCAAAGAUCAAAUCAGGAUAAGCACCUAUCAUAUCCCCCUUACCCACUCAUUCAUUAAACCAAGGUAAUGCUUAAUUUAUUCAAAAAAAUACAGUGGUUGCAAACAACAAUUAAAAACUUUCCCCAAUUUCUCAGAAUUAAAAGAUUUUAACGUAGAGCACCCUACAAAUAACUAAAAGCAAAGCAAAAAAUAUAACUAGCUAAUUGUCAGAAGCUAGUAGCAACACUGGGAAUUCUUUACAUAAGACGUCAUUAAAGCGAUUACCUCCUGGAAAGGAUAAUUAAAGUCAUGUUACUAGUGGACAUUCUACUCAACUUUACAUUCAAUAGUAAAAGACAAACUCUAAUUCUUAGAAUUCUUAAGAAUCGUUAUUAUAAAGGAGGAAUAGCAGGACAGAAGUUAUUAACUAAAGUUUCAGAAAAAAGUAAAGCAUUGUUUCUACAAAUAGUACUGGUUUGAAUAAUGAUUUAGAGGAAACUAAAGAAAUUGUAAUGAAGUUUAAAAUGGAUGGACCUUCUGAAAGAGCCAGUUAAUUAAACUAAAUAGAAUCUUUCAAAAUUAAUGCAUCUCAAUAGUAGAAUUAUGAGCAAUUUGAUUACAGCCAGAAUAAUCAAUAGGUAGAUGAAACUGAUGAGCUGGAUCUUUCAGCUGAUGAUAAUGAUGAUGACAUGGAUAAUGAGAAUGACUCUUAAGAUGAUAGUUUGGUACAUAGAGAUGGACCUGUGUUUGAGCAAGAUGAACCUAAUGAUACAGAAGAAGAAACUCAUUAGCACAGAGAUUCAAAUGUUGAUCAAGAUCAAUAAAACAUUUGA